AUGGAUGGAAGUUUCAAUGGUCGUCGGUUGUUUGAAGCUCCUCCUCAUGGAGCUGUUUUGGUAAGUGGCAAUCGUCUGAGAAAUCCUCGAAACGUAAGCAUUCUAGAUGCGGACUUGAAGUUCUCUGCUCAUGGCUUUUCAUCAUCACCCGUAUACUAUCGUGAUAAUUUUUCAUCGUUACGAAAAGGACAGCAUGGUGCAUUGAACAUUCCGAUUACGCAGCCAGCUUGUAAUGAAAGUGCUACUUCCCCCAUAAUACAUCUUGAAAGUAAUAUUGGAUACAAUAGAAACAGCUCACUGAAUCGACCCUUAAUUCGAGAAAUUCCCAUUCGGAUUGUACAGGCAACAUCGGCAGGAAAACCACAGAGUUGUACUUUACCGCCAAAUCAGUCGUCAUCAUCUGUUCUACGAAAUGGAGGUUUCCCGAUCUGUUGUGCAGAUGAAGAAAUCUCAAGUCAUCCUGAUAUUAAUGGCAGUGAUCAAUUAGAAAAAUCAGAAAAUUGUGCGAAAGUGCCUUCAUUAAAACAACCUAUAUUCCGUGCAAAAGAAUCUAUUGAGGAGCCAUCACGAAAUUCGUGGAAUGAGAAACGCACUACAUCUUUGAUAGCAAUGGAAACAGUGAGAUUAAAGCUAGGUAAUGGGAAAUUAGUGGAGGGUGAUCGUGUAGUUUGGUUUGAUGCAUUGGGUAUGCCUCAUCGAGGAACAGUUCAAUGGAUUGGUUACUUACGCGGGCAUACAAAUGUUUACGUUGGAGUUGAUUUUGAUGAAGCAAUAGGUGGUGGAACUGGUUAUUUUGAAGGCCUUGAGUUAUUUUGUUGUGCACCAAAUCAUGCAGGCUUAUUGCCAAUUUCCGUAUGCAUGAAAGAAGAGGAUAUGGGAGAUGAGGAUUAUAGCAAGCCAGCUAUUACAAGUCUGAAAUUGCGGCCGUCUUCAGCCGAAGAUCAGAAUCACUCUUCGCGAUUGCCACUGAUGUCAGGUAAUCUUGAUUUAGCACCUGUUCAAAGAGAACCGUUGAUUGACAAUGAAGAACGAGUAAUCCUGUCGGAUGCGCAAUUCACUGUAGGAUCGUGCGUUGAGGUAUUUUAUCGAAAUGAACGGCGUUAUGGAGUAGUAAAAUGGAUUGAUAGUGGUAGUAAUUUAAUUCAUAGCAACUGUUUAGUUGCUGUCGACAUUGAAGGAGAUGUGCCUGAGGAUUGGGAAGCAAUAAGUAAAACACUAGCGGAAGAUAAUUUAGAAGCUGUUUUUGCUAGCAGUAGUCUAGAGUCGAUUACUCUGGUACCAUAUUGUGCUCUUCGUUCUGACAAUCGCUUUUCAGCAUGUAGUGCACCAGAAAUUGAUAAUUGUGAAGCAAAAACAAUAGUAACAACAAACUUUGGAAGCUUGGACAGUGGUAUAGAAGUCCGACCUUGUUUUCCAACAAAAAAUAUAGAAAGUUUGGUCGGGCGUAUGAAAGGAAUUCAAGGCUUUCGAAACAGUUGCUAUCUUGACGCCACACUUUAUGCCAUGUUCGCACAGUGUACAGCAUUUGAUAGGAUAUUAGAAAGUAGAUGCGAAACUGAAGCAGAUUCGAUUCAUACAGAAGUCACUGACAUUCUUAAAACUGAAAUUGUAUAUCCUUUGAGAAGGUUUCACUUCAUUCGUGCUGAUCAUGUAUUGAAAUUGCGAUGUUUGUUGGAACGACUUCUUCCCGAAAUGAAAGGCCUAACUACUGGUGAAAAAGAUCCAGAAGAGUUAUUAAAUGCUCUGUUCACUACUGUUUUACGGGUUGAACCUUUUCUUGUCAUUCGAAAUAUGACGGACAAUAAAACUAAUGCGGCCUAUAUUUGUCCACUGAUAACAGAAGAUUUAUGGAGUGAAGAGCAAAGACGGCUGAUUAGUGUACAAACACUUCUUGAAAGAUCAUUUUUUGCAUCGAAUAUCCAAUUUGCACAUGCACCGAAAAUUCUAAUUCUUCAACUACCACGUUACGGUCAACAAAAAGUCUUUGAUAAGAUAUUCCCACCACAAGAAGUAGAUAUUACUCAUUUGAUAUACAACAGUAAACGACCUUGCAUUAAUUGUGGUAGACUUGCUGACCUGAUGUGUCCGGAGUGUUUUCUGACUCAAGAAGUAUUCAUUGCAGAGGUGACUUAUUGUGGUAUAUGUUAUGAACGAACACACAGUGGUUUAGAUCACCAACCGCAAGAGUUACUCGUAGAUACGAGUAAUCUAUUUUCCUCUUCAAAUUCUCUUUCUCUGUCUCGCAGAAUGCAAGUACCUCAAAUUAAAUUGCAACUUGCAUCUGUUCUUUGCAUUGAAACAUCCCAUUACGUAGCAUUUGUACGUGCUCUUUUUGCGAAUAAAUGGACGUUUUUUGAUUCAAUGGCCGAUCGAGUGGGUCUUUCAGAUGGCUACAAUGUUCCACAGGUAAAAUUGUGUGAAAAGAUGUCAAACUGGUUAAGUGAUACUGGUUGGUACAAAAUUAAUGAAAGUGUUAUCCGAGAAGGUCAUUUACCAAACGAUGUUCUGAAUGAUCCAGACUUGAUGCGCUUGUUGAGCGAUUGCUAUAUUUGCUUCUAUACAGAUGAAGAGAACAAAAAUGGAAGUCUCAGUUUGUCGCGGUUCUUGUUUUAA